AUGGAAGCGCCACUACCCGAGACCAACGGGCUGGCCCCGCCCCCCCAGACCAACGCGCCCGCCCCCCCCGGCGACGUCGCCGCCGCCCGCGCGGCGGCGUCCUGCGUGACCGUCGUCGUCGUCGUGCCGAACCGGGAGCACGCGGCCGUGGAGCUCGUCCUCGGCGUCGACGAGACCGUGGGCGCCGUCAAGGCGCGCGUCCGCGAGGCUUUGGGCGUGGCCGUGGGCGACCAGCGGCUCAUCUACGGCGGGCGGAUCCUCGGCGACGCGCAGACGCUGGGGGCCACGCUCCGGGACCUCGAGACGCCCCAAACGUUGCACCUCGUCGUCGGGCCCGGGUCGCCCGCGCCGUCGCCGCGCGCGCGGCCCGCGCCGGCGCCGCCGGCGCGCGCGGCGCCGCCGCGGCCCGCGCGGCCCGCGCGGCCCGCGGCGGCCGCGGACCUGCCCGAAAACGCGGGCGCCGCGGUCGCGUCGCUCCGGUGCUACCACGACGCGUCGGCGGCGCUCUACGACGAGGCGUUGGCGAACGGCGGCUGGGCGCGGCCGCCGGCCCCCGGCGACGCCGUCGCGGCCGAGGCCGCCGCGAACGGCCGCGUGAGUAUCCGCGCGGACUUUGACGCGGCGCACCUCGCGGACGUCGCGGCCGCGCUCCGGGCCCUGGGCCGCGCGGGGCCGCCCCGGCCCGCGGCCCCGGCGCCGGGGCCCGGCGGCGCCGCCGCCGGCGCCGCGCGGCGCCUCGCGAACCACCGCGUCGUCCUCAUGCUCGACCUCAAGCUCGCGCUCAAGCUCGCCGUCGCCGUCGCGCUCCUGGGCCAGGACGCGGGCCUGGGCCGCGCCUGCUUCCUCGCCGGGGCCGCCGUCGUCGCCUUCCUCUUCCAGACGGGCCUCCUCGCGCUGGGCCUCGCGGCGCUCGCGGACCGCGCCGCCGCGCGCGGCGGCGCCGCCGCCGCGCCGGGCGACGGCGCGGGCGAGCCGUCGGCGCGCGCCGCGCUCCGCGGCGCGCUCCGCGGCCGCGUCCCCGCCGACGGCGGCGGAAGACUCGCGGACUGCGGCCUCGUCCUCGCGACGCUCGUCAUGAGCCUCGUGCCCGUCUGGCACCUCCAGCAGGCCCGCGUCCUUCGGACUCUGGAUGACUUCUGCAUGCCGCCGCGUCGCAUCCGCAAGGACGACGCGGCCGCCGCGCCGCCGCCGCCGCCGCCGCGUCGCCGCGGCCGGGGCCCGGACGACGGCGCGCGGCGCGUGCGCGCGGCCUACGACUUCCUGCGCCGCGAGGCCGAGGCCGUGGGCGGUUCCGCGAGGCCGUUCGGCGAGGCCGAGGCCGAGGCGUUCCUCGCGCGGCUCGCCGGCGACCCGCUGCUCCGCGGCGAGCGCGGCUUCGCCGCCGCGUGCGCGCGGCUCGCGCGGCUCCGAAGCCGGCGGCCGGCGCCGCGCGUCCCGGCGCGCGCCGCGGUGCUCGCGCGGCGCGGCGACGAGGCCUGGGACGUUCUGGACGGGCGCGGCGCGCUGCUGGGCCCCGCCGUCGACGGGCGGCUGCCCCUCGCGACGCGGUCCGCGGGCGAGCUCGCCGUCGACGACUUCGACGCGUUGCGGUUCCCCGACGAGCUCCGGACCUUCCUGAGGGACGCGCGGCGCUGCCUGCGGCCGGGCGGGACGCUCGUCGCGCGGCUCCUCGACUUUGGCGCGCUGGCCGGGGGGCUCGAGGAAAUCGGCGCCGUCGUCUACGAGCGCCGGGGCUGCCUCGACGCCGCCGCGGCUCUCCACGAGCUCGAGCGCGCGGGCUUCUCCGUCGUCGCGCGCGGCGCGCGCCCCGGCGGUUUCGCGGUCCUGGAGGCGCGGCGCCGCGGCGCGGAGGACGACGACGACGAGGAGGACGAGGAGGAGGAAGAAGGAGACGACGAUGGCGACGCGCUCGUCGCGGCGUUCCUGCGGCGGCCGGGCGGCGGUCUCCCGCGCGGGCUCGCGAAGACGUCGCUCGAGGCGUGCGCGCAGGUGUCCGGCGAGCUUCGGGCGAUGGAGGCGGACGCGCGCGCGCGGCGCCGCCUCGCGGCGGACCCGCCGCCGGCGCCGGUGUCGCUGAACCUCGCGUGCGCGGACCGCGGCCGGGAGGGCUGGCUCAACGUGUCCGGCGAGUGGCCCGGCGGCUACGACCUCGACCUCCGGAAGGGCCUCGCGCCCCUGGCCGACGGGUCCUGCGCCGCCGUGGCGUCGGAGCACUUCCUCGAGCACCUCGCGCCGCGCGACGCCGCGGCGCACCUCCGCGACUGCCGGCGCGCGCUCCGGCCCGGCGGCGAGCUCCGCGUCGCGGUCCCGGACGCGGCGCGGCACGUCGCCUUCUACCGCGCGCGGCCGGGGCCGCCGUCGCGGCUCCGGCGGGCCCUCGCGCGCGCGCGCGCCGCGGUCUACGCGCGACUCUUCCCCCGGUGGCCGCGGCUCGUCGCCCGGAUGCUCGACCUCGGCGCGUUCUACGCGUUCUGGGACGCGGAGGCCUUCUUCGGGAGCCCCCACGCCGUGCACCGCCUCGCCCUCCUCUUCCUCCAGGUCCACCCGACGCGCUUCCCGCGCGGCGACGACAUGAACCACGAGGACGCCUACGACGAGCGCAAGCUCGCGGCCGCCCUGCGGGACGCGGGCUUCGCGCGCUGCGAACGGCGGCGCUUCGACCCGGAGGUCGACGUCUCCGACUGGACCCGCGCUGCGGAGACCCUCUACAUGCAGCGGCAGCAGCAGCGGCUCGAGCGGCAGCAGGAGCGGCAGCGCGCGCAGCGCGGCGACGGGAGCGACGAGGCGUCGCUGUCGUCGCGCUACUGCACGUCGGUGCGCCGGAGCCGGGACGUCAUCGUCUACCUCGGGCAGAAGACGCACAGCAGCUACGACGCGACGCACAAGAACACGCUCAACGCGUCCAUGGAGUCGCUGCGCCACAACAUGCUGAAGAUCGCGGACGCGGACGUCAUCGUCUGGCACGAGGGCGACCUCGAGCCGGCCGACGCCACGGCCCUCGACGGCGCGGCGAACGUGCGCUUCUGCCUCCUCACGGAGGAGACGGGCUGGGGCAGCCCGCCCUGGCUGCCCGUCAUGCCGGAGAACAAGUUCUCCGCGGGCUACCGCUACAUGAUCCGCUUCUACGCGGUCACGAUCUGGCGCACGCUGCGGCGCCUGGGCUACGAGUGGGUCAUGCGCAUGGACGACGACUCCUUCGUCCUCUCGCCCGUGGCCUACAACGUCUUCGACGACAUGCGCGACGCGGGCCUGCUCUACGGCUACCGCGUCGUCUCCAGGGAGUGCCCGACGAUCUUCGGCGACUUCGUCGAGGGCUUCGCGGCCCACAGCGACGCGCGCGUCGUCGGCGACGCGCCGAAGCGGCGGCGAAGACUCCUGGCACUGCGCAACGCGACGGCGCCGCGGCGCCGCGCGGAGGGCAUCGAGGAGCUCGACGAGGAGUCGAAGCACGUCAUCAAGUUCUGCGGCACGUGGCCGCGCCACUGCCGCAAGGCGUCCAUGCGCGAGGCGCUGAGCGCGGCGCUGCGCAAGGCGAACCUCGGCGCCGGCGACGCGCCCGGCGGCCUCGAGCUCCAGCGCGACGUCGAGUCGGCCGUGUCCAAGAACGAGGCGAUGGCGCUCUACGGCUCGAAGCGGCCCGCGAACUGGUACUGCAACGGGCCCGGGCGGCUGGGCUACUACAACAACUGGUUCGUCACGAAGAUCGACUGGUGGCUCGACGAGCCCGCGGUGCGCCGCAUGAUCGCGGCCUUCGACCGGUCGAAUUUGAUCUUCACGCGGCGCUGCAACGACCUCAUCUUCCAGACCGCGGCCAUCAAGCUCUUCCUGCCCCUGGCGAAGCGCAAGCGCUACACGGACUUCACGUACCAGCACCACACGAUCUACGAGGGCCGCGUGACGUUCGGGGGCAUCGAGACGGGCACGGCGGACGCGGCCGCGUCCGAGAACCUCGAGGCCUACCUCAGCCGCCACAUCCCGGACCCGAAGCAGCGCCUCAAGGUCGACGUCGACACGUGCCUCGUCCAGGCCACGGAGGGCGGGCCCCUCGAGGAGAUCAAGUACAUCUCCCCGGCCAAGGCCCGGUCCAAGGGCGAGGCGGACACGUCGACGCACAACGUCGCCGUCGCCCGCUUCGAGAGCCCCUACUGCUCCGCGGACCUCCGGACCUACCUCACCAUGCGGGCCCUGCGCAACGGCGGCCUGCGCGGGUCGCAGUCGCAGAAGGUGCUGCCCGGCGCGGACGGCGCGGCCAUGACGGCGUCGCGGCCGCGGCCCGCGACGGUGCCCGCGCAGCACGCCUACGUCUUCGUGCGGUCCGCGUCGCCGGAGCGGCAGCAGGAGCUCGCGCAGCUCGCCGCCGCCGCGGGCUUCGCCGCGCGCGUCCACGCGACGUCGGAGUCGGCGCUCGACGAGCUCGCGGCGAUCCUCGCGCCGAACUCGCGCGAGGGCCUCCCCGCGGCGAUCCUCGUCGACGUCUUCGACGAGGACGGCGACGGCGCCAUCGACCAGGCGGAGAUGUCCUGGCCGCUGCUGCGCAUGGUCCAGCGGCCCCACGCGCCCUACGACGAGCGGUUGAAGCGCGUCUUCGUGCUCGUGAUCUCGGAAACGGUCGCCGCGUCGCCGCGGCUCACGCUCGACGCGUUCGGCGCGGGCGCGCGCAUGGUCACGCCGAGCGACGACGACUGCAAGCACGCCCUCGAAUUGUUACGGUUAACAUCCGUCAAAACCCCCGGGCAGACGGCGAAGCGGGCCAUGGUCCGCUGCCCGACGUGCGGCCACGGCCGGGGCAGCAAAAGAGAGCAAAAUUCCCAACUUCAAAGGCUCAGGCCGUUUUCCACUCGCCACGGCGGCAUGACGCACGCGCAGCUCUUCGGCCACUACUCGCUCUGCCACGUCGCCGAGCCCGGCGGCGACGGCCAGUGCCCCAUCUGCCAGCGCGUCUGCCGCCGGGGCCACGGCUUCGAGUCCUUCGCGAAGCACCUGUGCGCGAAGCACCAGCCCGAGAACGCGGACGCGGACGGCGACGGCUUCAUCUCCAAGCGCGAGCUCCACGGCGCCAUGGCGUCGACGGCCGCGACGUCGACGAAGUCGAAGAAGAACCUCAAGUCCCAGUUCAUGGCCGACGCGGCCGCCGUCGACUUCCGGAGCCCCUACGUCGCCUACGCGUGGCUCGUCGUCCGGCGGCCGUCCGACGGCAAGUACCUCAUGGUCCUCGAGUCCGCGGCGACGCCGGGCUGCGGCGGCAAGCCCUGCUACUGGCUCCCCGCGGGCAAGGUCGACCCGGGCGAGACGCUCGUGGAAGCGGCGGUUAGGUGCUGCGCUCGCGACACGCACGUGACCGUCGAGCCCAAGGGCCUCCUCCGCGUCAUGCUCGAGCCCACGGAGAAGAAGACCGUGCGGGCGAUCUUGUACGCGGAGCCCGCGGCGGGCUGCGACGACCCGGCCGUGACCUGCCCCAAGUCCUGCCCGGACUUCCACAGCGUCGGCGCGUGCUGGGUCGACCUCGACGACCUCGCGGAGCUCCACGAGACCGAGUUCCGCCACCCGGACCCGCCCGUGCUCUUCCCGGCCGUCGAGAGCGGCGCCCUCGUGCCCCAGUCCCUGGACCACGCGGCCUGGCACGACCUCGAGCGCACCGUCGCCGAGCUCACGUCCACGGACGACGACGGCGCGCGCGCGCGGCUCAUCCCGCCGGUCUGGGACCAGAUCGUCCGCGCCUACCGCGCCCUCGCCGUCCACGCCGCGACGACCGUCGCGCCGGCCAUGGGCAUCCAGAUGCACUAA